GAUUCAAUCCCUAGACUGCAUACAUACAUACAAAAAAAAAAGAGUGUGGUAUGAUCAAACUUGUAUUAUAGACACUCUUUCAUGACGUUAUAGAGGGCUGCAGUGGGCACCUGCUGCUUUUGUCCCUCUGAGGAUACAGAACCCCCUCCUGAGGGGACCUCUUCCAUGCGGUCUGGUGAGAACUGAUUGACUUGUCCCCCAAACAGCGAGUGUUCUCAUGACCCAGGCUAGGUCAAAGGAGCAUCUGAGCUGGCCACCCUUGCUGCUUCAGGUACGGAGCUGCGAUCCCAGCUUGUGGCACCCAGCUGGGCCCAGAACUUGGCCAACAGAGCUGCUAGGAAAGACCGUCUUAUUUUGGUGAAGUCUUUCAACUGGUAGGAUGGGAAUGUAGGGCUACUGGUGACCAAAAAGUCAUGCAGAGAAAAUAUUUCUGAGAUGGCAAGAGACAGAGCCUGAAGGAUGGGGUUUGAGGCACAGGGUUCAGCCAUAGAUAACACCAAGUGGAAACAGGCAGCUGGAAGAGCGAACCCCAAGGACGUUGCUGAGAUACUAGAUCCAGACAUUCCUGAUGCUUACUCCAUCUUCCCUUUCACGUAAGCCAAUAUUUUUUUCUGCUUAAUCCGCUUUGUUACAUUUCUUUCACUUAUGAGUGAGAGUGCUAACAAUGGUGUGUUCUCCCUGGUCUGCUCUUCUCUAGACUCAGUAUCCCCGAUACGCGUUACCUCUGAGGUGGUUUGUAGAUGUCCUCCGCCCUAGUCAUCCUCUUCUGGAUUAAGAAGUACACACUAAUUCCCUGGGGAAGAGUUAUAUUACAAUCAAGUACACGAUGGACUCUUCUCUGAAGAAAUUGAGAUAUGAGUUUGAUUCCCAGGGCUCAGGUGGUGGUGAGGCUUUUGGGGUCCUGGCCAUGGCUGUGAUCUGGGGGUAUCGCCACAUCUAUGAAGAACAAACCAACUCGGCUCAACUAAGGGAGUUCUGCAGUCAGACCUGGAGCAACCUCGGUUUCUAAGUGGGAGGGAAAGGAGUGUGUCCCUCCUUUACAGUCCAAAGCAUCCAGGGCUGCCCCCAAAUACAGACGAAACCACUCAGCCAUCUUUACUGUGAAUGAGCCAAUUCAUAAUUUAAAAAAUGCUCUAAGAAAAGUCGAGAGGAAGGGAGCAGGGGAAACACAGAGACGUGUUUCUAUUAUCUGAGCGGAGGUGUGGUGUAAGUGUGUCUGUAUGGGGUGUGUGUGUGCACACAUGGAGCAGGAAGUGGUGUGAUCACUUCUUUCCUGAUCCACAAGGUGCUGCAGGCCCCUUGGUUGAGGAGACCCGAGGACCUGGCUUUGCAGGAGCAGACCAUGCUUAAACGCCAAGAGAGUGAGCCCUCCAGGCUCCACAGGGCCUCCCGAACCCCACCCAGUCCUGCUCUGUCUUCUUCUGGCUCCUAGCAAGUUACAAAAUGAAAACCCAGGCGACUGGUGCUUGGAUAACCCCAAGUCUUAUGGCCUUAUGGGCCCACCAUGACUUUUAAUAUACAAGAGAAAAUGGAUCAAGCCCUCAGCCCCAAAGAGGGAAACCCAGGGCUUCCUGUAAUACUUCUGGGGAUUUGCUCCCAGUCCCUCUUUACUCUGAUAACUAUGCUUCUACUGAAUGCCCUCCCUCCUUUUCUUUCUUCCCUCAUUCUUCCUUCCUUCCUUCCUUCCUCCCUCCCUCCCUCCCUCCCUCCUCCUCCUGAGGUUAUUUUCUCCUUUUUGUCUUCUGUCAAAACAAACGUAAAACACAGCUCUUUCCCUGGAUUCCCCCAGAGAAGCUCUAGCAUAAAGCAUACGUAACAUAGUCUUUCCUACAUGUAACUGGGAGACCUAGUUGCAUUUAGCACAAAAAAACACCUUAAAGUCAAAUAUCAGCUGUUGCCUUUGUUGUGUUCCACCCUCCUUCGAGUCAGUCUACCUCCUGGAGGCCCAGCUUCCCCUUCGUUUCUCCCAUGGGAUGGCUCAGCCCUAACCCUACCCCUACCCUACUGCCUCUGGGCCACCUCAGCCUGCUCAGAAGCCCGCUCAGGACCAGCUUUGAAAUGACUUUUCCUUUACCACAAUCAAAUCAUUACUUUCAACUCCUUCCCCUACCAGCCUCCACAGCCAUGUAAAGAUACAUCAUCCCUUUGAUAGGAAUUAUGUCACCUCCUUGGAGGGCAGAAGUAGAUGGAAUAAUUCUGUUGGUUGUUUAAAUAGCAACUUUUUCUUUCCUGCUGCUCAAGCUUAACUACAACCCAGAGAUGUCUGCACUGGCCCCACCUGCCCAGUUUGAUACACCCUCUCCCCCUGGCUCUAUCAUCUCUCAAGUCUGCACCCCGAGUCCCCUUCUGCCCUACAAUCUAAGAGCCCCUCUUGAAACAGCCCAAGUCUUUAUUUCCCAAGUCUUCCACCUCCCAAGCUGGAGUACCAGUCUUGGGGUCCUUGAGGCAUAGGACCCUCUUCCUCCUCCUCCAGCAAGAUCUAAGAGCCUGCUGGUUGCCUCUGUGUGGCUGAGGGUCUCACAGUGCAGGAUUCAGACCCAGGGCCCCUAGGGCUGCCAGGCCCCCAGCAUCGGGCUGAGCACCAGCUCAUGGGAAACAUUCACCUGGCUGACCAGAGCUCUGCCGUGCCCUGGGCUCUAGAGGGAUGAACUUAGACUGGGAUUUGCUCCCCAGCCUUGCACAAACUGUAGGCCUGUUUUUCAGACUGGUGUCUGAGCAGGGAGCCUGGGAAAGUUAAGGAGCCCCAUCCUGAGAGGCAAGACUCAGAUCCAGGCUGUUCCUACCUGAAACUUACUUCCAGGGGUAGGUAACCCCCUCCCGGACUUGGGCCUCUGUCCACAUCUGAAGAAUAAAGGGCUGGCUAGAUGCUGAGAGAGCUAAACCAGUCAUGGGAGGUGGUGAUCUUACUUGGGGCAGGAGUCCUUCAGAGUGCCUAGAGUGAGGCACCCUGCAAUGGCAGAGGCUGUCCCCAGGGGAAGGGCUGUGUGGCCACUGCCCUUGGAGGCUUAGGAUGCUGGGUUCUGAGGAACUGAAGAGUCCCGUGUGCCUGGGAUGUAAUGGGUCCAAGAGGGAGUCACUCAGGAUAAGAUUGGAGACAGGCAGAUGCUGAGACCAGAUCUCAGUGCCAUGGAGACCCUGGAGGAAGUUUUCAGAAGUGGCCUGGCAUGAUCUAUCUAUAUUCUUAAAAGAUCAUGUUCAGGCUUGGGAUGUACCUCUAUGCUAGAGCCUUUAUCUAGCAUGAAUGAAGCCCUGGGUUCAAUCCUCAGCUCUGAAGAAAGGGUGCCUCUGGGGAGAACAGACUGGCAGGAGGUGCAGACGGACUUGGAUGGAGGUGAGAGAGGAGCAGCCUUGUCCUAGGAGGACGCAGGGGAGAUGAAGAAGAGCGCUAGAGGCCGAGGCACGUUUGUGGGGAGACGUGAUUGUUGUUCCCAUCACUAUGGUGGGUGAAGAUGCUGGACACCUUGGCUCUCCCAGUACCUAGUCAGGGCUACUUCACCAGGACUCAGUGGCCAUUUAUAUGCCAAUGAGCUCAGCCAGCCUCAGAAGGAAGGGUCAUCAGAUCCACGGAGAGCUCACACACCUUUGCUGCCAAUUUAGAUAUUAUGGUUUAGAUAUAAAGUCUCACGUGUUCAGAGCUGGAGCUUUUGGAAGGUGAGUGGACGCUGUACUCAUCAGGGAUGGCUGAAUGUACUGUUAGGAGGAGGGGCCUGGUUAGAAGAGGCGUGGCACUGGGGCCGUUUAUUCUAGACGUGGUUCUGGUUCAGCUUGGCUACUCCAACCCUUAGAUGGCUUUGGGCUGACUUCCUGCUUCAGGGCUCUACUAGCCAGGCCUGGCAGACAGGUGACUCAAUCAAUUGGGCUUGCUUGGACUAUGAUUGGUUGGUGCUCUUUGGGAUUAGCAAUAGAGGUGGGGUCCUGUGAGACCGGGAAAGAGAAAGAACAGCAAAUAGGAGUUUGAUGUGAGAGGAGAGGCCACUUGCUAAAUAAAAUGUAAAUCAAGGCCACAGUGGCUGCCAAGGAGAGAAAAGUAGCUGAUGAAAACCAUAUGUCUCUGAGUAAGUGGACCGAGAAGCCUGGUCUGUGCGCAUGUUGAGGAUGUUGCUGUUGGUCUCCUAUGCAAUGGAAAAAUCUCCUAUUUGAAAGAAUACAGUGUUAAGAGGCACUCUGAGACAAACCACGUUUCGCAAUUAAGUAGUUUACAAGGUCAGUAAAGGAAGGAGAAAAUAAACCAGCUGAAAAGGUCUUGCUCAAUAACAAAAUUUGUUUAAAAGUUCAAUGUCACACUCCAAAACGGUAAGAUAGGCUCAUUCUGUAGCUGGUUUUGUUUUUGUUUUUGUUUUUUUCCUAAAAACUUCUUCAGGGAUAGAGAAGCAUGUAAAAGUGCUUUUAGCACUGGUGUUGCUAUUGCACUUCCUAAUGUUUGAAAAAUGAGAGUAAUUUUGUAAACAAAUGCAAACUGUCAAUUUUUACUUUUUCUAAAUUGACCUUGAAGAAACUAAAACCAAAGACAAACUUCACUAUUGCUCACUCUUAGUCUGCAGAAUGGAAUUCGAAUUUCUUCACCCAACAUUCCAGUAUGAUGGGCUUCCAACCUGAAUUUCCCUCCAUGGAAUCCUGCUACCCUCUGACCCUGCCCCAGUCCAUGGUGUUUCCAGGGCCCUCGUGGUCACCAACCUUUCCCUGGGAUGCCCUUUCUCCGGGCUUGCUGGGAAAAUGUUAGCUAUUCCUUUGGGAGAAUGUGCUGGGGAUGGCCCCAGGGUGCAUGCAUGCAUUUCACCACUGAGCUGCAUUCAAGCACGUGAGCCAUUCUUGAAGGAUGUCAGUGUCCAAAUUCUAUCUGUCCCACUAUGAUUUCCAUCUGAUUCUUGUGCUCAGAUCCAGUUCCCCAUGAAAGUUGCUGUCUUGUCAUCUCUUUCCUUGACCGUAUUAAUCACAGCUAUUUUAAAGUCUGGAUCAGAAAACCCCAAGAUCUGGAUCCCCUGUGGGGCUGUUUCUAUUAUGGAGAUGCUUUCGGGCUCUGACUGAUGUUACCUUUCAUCACAGAGGAUUUAUUUUUGCUUUCCGGAAGGCAGAGAAGAGGAAGGUCAUCCUAAUCCAGCCUGGGAUUGAGCUGGUUUGCCACUGGCGGUUUCUUUGUGAGGCUUGCUCUAUUUCUGGCUCACCCGUCCUCCUCUGCAUAACUUCUCUGGGGUGUUCACUGAGAGCUCUUUGGUGGGAUUUCAAUUCCAAGUCUGUUUUUCAAGCCCCACGAGGCUGCCAACAACUCUGCUCAGCUCCUGGUCUCUCAGCCGAGCUCUAGCACUUCGGUGGGCCCUUGGGGAAAAGAGCCUUUGACUCUGGUGUUGACCUCAGGGGCCUCUCCUCCUCCAGAGAUCCCUGGCCCUGCGUCCUGCUGGCCUUGCAGUUUGAACUCCAGAUCUGACUCCCAGCCACAGGAGACUACCCAAACCUCCCACUCAAGUUCUCAGUGACUUCACCCCCACUUUCUCCUUGGUAUUUACCCCUUGGUCACCUGCUGCUCACUAAUCAGCAGAUGCUCCCAGGGGCAGAGCAGCUUUGAACGUCACCUCUCUAUGCCCCGCCCUCUGCUCCUGAGCUUUCUGGUCCGUCUGCCUUCAUACAGAUGGCUUUGGGAUUCUAAACUGACCCUUUGCUCAUGCCUGAUGGGAGGACUGGCCCCCAGUGAGUAGCUAGGACAUGCUCAGAGGUGGAACAAAUGCUCUCCCACUCCAUUACAAUGUGAUCUCCCCUGGGAUCUUUCCUUCACCACUGGGUUCCCUGGCUGAUCUCCUCCUGGCUUUAAAUGUCCCUGGUGCCUGGGGAUUUCUAUGUCUGCCUGCAGCCUGAACCUCUGUUCUGAGCCCUUAAACCCAUGUAUCUAUCCACUCUGUGUCUGUGACAGACACCUCAAACUCAGCACAUCCAAAACCUUGUUCUUCCACGCAAACCUGCAUCUCCUUCCCUUCUGCUGCUCCUUGGGUCAGAAUCCUGUGGGUCACCAAAGACAGUUUUUGCUGCCUCCCCUCGAACAUCCAGGGUCCAAGUGUGGCAGGUUCCACCUUGAGGUGUCAUGUGAGGUCAUCCAGUUCCCUAUUUCUUGCAGCUACAGCCUCAUCCCAGCAACCUGUCCCCUCCUGCUAGCCACUCAGUAGUCUCCUCACAGCUCCCCGCAGAGCUCCAUGGCCUCCUUCCAGCACCUUCACCAGCCACCUUACAGGGAGAGUGAUCCCUUGAAAACAGAAAUCUGAUUAUGUCAUUUCUCGGCAUCACACCCUCCAAUGACUUCCUGUUGCCUUUAAUGGAAAGCUUUGAGGAUAGACCCUGGCAGAGCCAUGGGCCCUGCGGGGUCUGCUCUCCUGGCUCUUGCCCCUGGCCCACAGGCUGCCCCACAGCCUUCUCUGUCCGGCCGGAGUGGCAGGGUUGUCUCGGGGGUCCCUUCCUACCAGCUGGUCUCUUGCCAGGAAACACCUUUCCCUCUCUGCUCGAUGUCCCCUCCUCAGAGGAGUCUCUGACCUCUGAAUAGAUUACGUAGGCCUGUUAACUCACUGCCAUUGUGUCCCCUACUCAGGUCACAGCACGGCUGUAACUGCAUAGUUAAUUGAGUGACCACUAACUGUGUCUCUCCCCAACUAUCCUCCGAUCUCCUUGAGACCAGAGAUUGUGUCUGGCUUGGUCACUGCUCUAUUCCCAAGGGUUGCAAAGUACCUAGAAGACCUUAAAACAGUUCUAAAUGCUGUUUUAAGUAAAUGGAAUAAAAGUCAGACAAGGAGGCAGAUGGUUACCCCAAGCCCCAGCCUCACUGCCUGGCUGGGAGCACUCAGCAGGAGAGCGGCUGGGACGGGAUUUUAGUAAGCAAAUGUCUGAGAGCAUGGCCAUAGAAUAAGAAAUUCGAAAUUCUACAUUGCUGAGGCAGUCUUCUUAUUGUUGAGUAGGAAGCACUGAUUAGGAAGUCCGGAGCUCUGGGUUCCAGUCCCAGGACUGGCACAAAUCAUGACAAAUAGCAGUUUUAUAACUUUGCGGUUUAUAAGGCAUUUCCACAAAUAGGAUCUCAUUAGGUCCUAUUAGGCUCUGUGACAGCCAGCAAGCAGCUUUUAGAGGCCCGGGCGGGGUGGGGUGGGGGGAGGAGCCUCAUAGGCAGCUGUGCUGUGGUCUCCCCUGGUCCUGAGCUAAGCCUGUGUCCACUCUUCUGCUAAAGUGAAGGCGCCAACAACAUGACCUCCAAGGUUUGUCUAUGAAAUUUUAGGAUUAAAAAUUCACAGGCAAUUAAAUCAUAAAGCAAGUUUGUGGAGACCCAUUUCUUGGCACAUAGCUAUCGCUCACCUUCAGCACUAAUGACAGGGCCGUGUCACCAGAGGUGCCUAGCAUUCUCAGUGGUAACUUACCAUGGUGUUACCUGGAAACAGACUGUGAAACAGGUCUUUUGUGUAGGUUGUUUGAGAGCCAAUCCCAGGGAUCAGAAGGGAGAGGCUGGGAAAUGGCAGCAAAGAGGAAAGGUGUGGUGGACGCCCGGGUGUGUUCGGUCUACUCUGUCUCUAAGGGCCUUGACUGCACCCAGGACCCCUCCUGAGUUGUCUCCCAGGAGCAUGUGUGAAGGGCUCUUUUUCUGCCACCUCCCACCCCCACUGAGUCCCGGCAGUGGGAGGGGACUGAGCUCAUGUGGCCCUGUCUGCACAGCAGUGCCUAAAACCAGGGUAUGAUGUGGGGACCAGGGUGUCUGAUGCAAGUUGGAAAAAGGACAGGGUCACUCUCCUUGGGGCCCAGGGACAUUUCCUUCCACACUCCUACCAAUUCUCCCUAUUUUCUGAAUGUCAAGGACUCUCUCCCUCUUUUCUGAGAGCUCUUGAAUAACCGGGGCCACUGAAAAUGGGGAGAGAGGAUGUCUGUCAUCUGAGCUCAGUAAAAUCUUGGGAAAGAAGCAGCUGUCCUUCUGCUGGGCCCUGAGUGACAGCUGGGAUGGAAGCUGUGACAGCCCUGCCACAGCCAGGCUGGGGUGGCCUAUGUGUUGUUCCCCUUGCACAUGUGGGGCGCCCCCAGGAGGGAGACCCUCACCAGCCUCCCUGGUGACCUAGUACUUCCUAAACUCCAGUCUUUGUUUCCCUCAGCCUUCCCUUCUGAUUCUCAAAUGUCUGAUUUAUUAAUUUAAAAAGGAGCACUAGCUGCUUCUAGCUUCUUCUAGCUUCUUCCACCCCUGCUGUAACAAUUCUACUCCCCCCCCCGCCCCCCAGGCAAUAUGAAGGAGAGACUAAAGGGGAAAAUAGUAUCUUAUGGGAAGGUGGGAAAAGAACGUAAAGAUUUAAAUUUCCGGAUAUUAUCUGUCCACAUUACUCACACAGGGCUUCUGGGAGAUGUGCGCGUGCGCCGUGGAAGUCCAUCGGGUCUCAUUUGGCGCUUCAAGAGGGCCUUUGCGGGCUCUGCUUCCAGGCCAGUCCUCUGAGCUCCCAGGGCCGCUGCACCCUGUGCCUGGAGCUUGUGGGGGAGCCUAUAGGUCCUUACAUGCUGCCAUCAAGCCAGGGGAGCCAGGAGCCCCGCCUUGGGCCCUCUUCUCUCCUCGCCCAUGUGUACCUGCACUCUGCACUGUGCCAGAACCCAGGGGUCCCUUCUCUCAGGGAACCCAGCUCCAGUGCCAGAUUCUCAGCGCCCCAGGGGUGUUUCUGCCCCGGCCCCCUUUUGAGUCCUGAGCAGACGACAUCUCAGUCUCGCUUUCUCACUGCUUUCUCCAUCCCCUCUGUCCCGGGGCCGCAGAACAGUCCUCCCAUCCUUGGCUUUCUGCCCGCCCAGGAUGCCCCUGGAGAAACCAGGUUCUAUCCAGCAGGCCUGCCUCUUGCUACGUGGAAGGAAAUCUAUUUACUCCUCUCCUUGGACAAAGCGUAGCUUUCCAGGCAGCUGAGAACUCAAACAGAUGUCUGGUUGGGUUCAGAGCCCGGCAGGCUCCACCUUGGCCCAGCACUGAGCUGCCGUGGGUGGAGGCCCGGGGCUGAGGAAAUAGUACUGUAUCCUCUCCUUUACACAUUCCUUUAAUAAUAUUUAUGGUGUGCCAAGCGGUAAGUUAGGAUUUAAACGCCCCUUGACAUUUAAAAAAUAACAGCUUCAAGAACAAUCGACGUACUAUACAAUUCACUUUUGUAAAGUAUGUAGCUCAGUGGUUGUUAGGCUAUUCAGAGUUGUACCACCAUCACCACCAUCUAACUUUAGAACAUGUUUAGAACUCCAGAAAAAAAUCCCCAUACCUGUUGGUAGUCACUGCCUAGUCUCCCUUGCCGUGGGUCUCUAUGGAUUUGUCUAUUCAAGAUACUUCAUACAAAUUGAAUCAUGACCUGUGGCUUUUGUGAUUAGCUUCUCUCAUUUAGUAUGUUUUCAAUAUGGUCUUAUCCACAUUGUAUCAUGCCUGCAUCCUUCAUUUAUUUUAUUGCCAAAUAACACUCUAUUUUACGGAUAUACUAUAUUUUACUUAUCUGUGAAUCAUUUGAUUGACAUUCAGGUUACCUCUAUUUUUUUGGCUGUUGUGAAUAAUGCUGCCCUGCCUUGUGCAAGUUUUCACGUAGAUGCAUGUCUUUAUUUCUCUUGGACACACACUUGGAGUAGGGUCAUAGGCUAACUCUGCUACACAUUUUGAGGAACUGCUAAACUUUUCCAAGAGGCUGCCCCAUUUAGCAUGCCCACCAGCAAUGUAUGAACGUCCUGACUUCUCUACAUCUUCUCCCACACUUGUUAUUUGUGAAGAGGCAUCUCCUUGUAUUUUCCUUUGCAUCUAUUUCCCUGAUGGCUAAUAAUGUUGAGUAUCUUUUCAUGUACUCCUUGGGCAUUCAUGUGUUAUCUUUGGAGAAAUGUCUAUUCAAAUCCUUUGCUUAUUUUUAAAUUAAGUUGUCUUUUUGUUGUUGAGUUGUAAGAGUUCUUUACAUAUUCUGGAUACAAGUUCUUUUUUGAUGCCUGUUGAAUUUUGAGAGACAUCUAAAUCAUGGUUGGAGAAAGUGUUGCUUUUUUAAGAAUCUGUAGUGUGUUGCAAGGUGACAGAAACCUUGGAAAGGAUGCAUUCCAUCCCACACAGACCCUAGAGCGAAGGAUUAUUUAUUCUGCAGACCUGUCCUUCCUCAGAGGCAGCUCACUGCUCAGUUCUACCCAUUUCAAAUCCUGCUGAAAAGGAGUCACAGAGCCCCAGUGGGCUGGCGGGGUAGGGUUACAGAUUGGUUAAUGUUUGAAGGCAGAAUCGCAUGAGGGACUUUUCUUUCUUUUUGAAAGCAUAGGCUUUUAUUUUAUUUUAUUUUUCAAAGCAUUGUGGAGCGGUAAAGGGAUAUGCAAAUUUAAGGUGACAUUCUUAUUGUUACUAUUGUUAUUUGUGGGAACCAAUAAAAAUCGUGUCUUGUAUGAAAUCACAGAGCACAAAGCCUGUGGGGGUGGGGCAAGGUGGAAGGAUGGGGGUUGGGAGGAUGAAAGCUAAAGGAGAGAAGAGGGAAACACGGUUGGCAAACCUUGGAGUGGGUGUGUGUGUGUGUGAGAGACAGAGCAACCUUUGUCAUUUCUGGCUCAUUCAUUUACCACCUGUGUAAUAAUUUACUUAAUACUUUUAAGUGGGCUCUUAUUUCUUUUAAGUAAAAGUAAACAGAUACGUUUAUAAAGGAAAGUUUGUGUCACAAUUAUAAAUUACCAACCUGCAUCAUUUUCCCAACAGAAGGGAUGAGAACAGCGCUAUUUAAAUCUCGGGAUCCUGUUGCCUCUGGGCCAUCUCAGGCUGGCUCGCCACAUGUCACUCAAGUCCCUGCUGUGGUAGCACCUCUGCUGGAGGCCGUUCCGGGCCCCAGAGGCUCCCAUGCCAGCCUCUAGCCUGGUCCUUGGGUUCCAUCUCUAGCUGCACUAUGCUACCUGUGGACUGUGGCUCACGGGGUCAUGUUAAUGGGCUUGUGAGGGUCCACACAGGCAGGCAUUCUUUGUUGUAUUGGCCCCAGCUCGACCCAGCUCCACUGUCAAUAAAUAGGGGUUGUCAGGAGCUAAAAGCUCUGAGGUAAAGGGCCCUUCUCUCCUUUGUUUUUGUUGUCCUCGUUUUAGCACGCGUCAGCUGAGUGUUAAAGACACAACUGCAGGUGCCAAGCUCUGGCUUGCACCUUGCGUAAUUGGGAGGAGGGGCCAGAGGGAGAGGGAGGCCGCCUGCCAGGUGUGAUCUGAUCUCAAAGGUGCCCGGCUUCCCCUCCCACACCUUGGGCAUCCCCAGGCCUGCCACUCACCCACAUCAACAGCAUCACAACCUCACGGGCUUCCUCCUUCCUGGAGGGAAGGAGUCAGGACCCUCUGCCCACCUCCUCGAGCUGCUGUGGGUGUGAACAGACCCAGCUUUGGGAGACUUGCCUGGCAGCUAGAAGCCGCUUGGAACAUGACAGUAGGAAUCAAGGAUUUCACCGAAGAUGGGAUUGAAUUGUGGCUUUGCCUGCGGAAGUCCUGCCCUCCUUCCUGGGCCCAACUUUUUCCUUUUCUCUCUCUCUUUCUCUUCUCUCUCUCUCUCUCUUUCCAGCACUGGUGAUUGAACCCAGGGCCUUUGCACUAAGUUACAUCCCCAGCCCUUUUAAAAUUUUUUGUUUUUGAGACAGAUGCUAAGUCUCUCAGUCCCUAAGCUGCCCAGGCUGAGCUCAAGCUUUUGCUCUUUCUUCCUGAGCCUCCCAGAGCGCUGGAAUUCCAGGUGUCUUCCCCCAUCCCUAGCUCAGUUCCAACUUUUAAAAGUAAUGAUACUAUUUCUCCUUCAUUGAGUACUCCAUAGGUAUCGAGUAUCUUGCUAAAACCAGAGCUUUACUUGCAUCAUUUUAUUUUCCCCUUGCCAUAAAGUAGGGAUUUAUUAGUUCCACUUCACAGAUGAGGGAAACUGAGACUUAAAAUCAUUUUGUAAAUUGCUCAAGGCGAUACAGGAAGGAAGCGUGCAGCCAGGUCGUCAAUAUUUCAAAGCCCAGCCUGUCAACCAUCACAUGUUAACAGCCGCUUAAAUGUCAUGGUCCACAUGAGGACUUGCUGCCCAGAGUCAAAACUGUGCUGUUACCUCCAAUGCAUCAGCCUCGAUCUCCUGAGCAGUCCCGGUGCACUGUGGGUAGCACACUGGGGUCUUCAGAGUAAGUGAAUCGGGGCUCUGGGUUUUCUUCUGCCAGCUCUGUCUCUGUAGAGGACCAAGAUGGCGCGUGCAGCUGCCUGUCCAGACACAGAUGAGCUACUUCGGGAAGCCCCCGGGCUCUUGACCUACGACAGCGUGGGAAGGGCAUGCCCUAGACCAGGAGUCCAGCACCUGGCGAGGGUGGACAUGCAGCCAUCCGGGAGAGGGGAGGGCAGUGGCUUCCAGAGGCCCCGAGCUGUGCUGCUGGUGGCUUUGCUGGCUGUCUCCUCUGUCUUUUCUGAUCCACUGUCCAGUCUGCUCCACCCUGCUCUGCCCCUGCAGUGGUCAGGGCAGAGGAGAGUGUUCUGUGUCACUGGGUCAGGGCUGGUGGCUGCUUUUUAGGAGUUCACCCUGACUCACCUUUGUGUGCUGGCCCUUAAUUAGAAACUCUUCCUGAUUCCAGUAUGCCUCCUCCAGGGACCCUGAUGGGUGGCCUGGAAUGUCCUUUUCUGUACCUUAAUUUAGGCCACCUUCUGAGGUCAAGGCCCAUCUUCUGCCUCCCAUACCUGGCACAGAACUUGGGACCUGGUUCUAACAUUUAUUGAGCGCUGGCAUCUGCAUUGACUCAAGUGAUCCUCAGAACAGUCCUGAUUAUCAUCCCCCCCACAGAUGGAGACAGAGACACACGGUAGCCCGCCACAGGCCAGCCACAUGGUCAGCGCGGCCUUGUGACUCCUGAGCCAACAGUGUGACUCCCAGGACUGCUUUUGGGCAGUCUUUCCGUUUGGGGUUUUGGGGGUGAUGUCUCUUCGUCCAAGGAUCCAAAAGAACUUGUUUUGUUUUUGCCAUCCCAGGGGUAGAAGUUGGAACGGGGUUACCACGGCAACCAAAUCACCUGGUUGUAACAUGGGAUGAGCCCCCGGGGCCCUCGGUUCUGCUGCCGGCAGAGGGGAGGCUGGGUUGGCAUGGGCCAGUGUUCGAGGUACCAGAUGUGCUGGGAAGACCUGGAGGAGUACCAGGCCUUGACCUUCCUGACCAGAAGUGAAAUUCUGUGCAUCCACAACACUUUCCUGAAGCUCUGCCCUGAGGGCAAGUACUACAAGGAGGCCACCCUGACCAUGGACCAGGUCAGCUCCCUGCCAGCCCUGAGGGUCAACCCUUUUCGAGACCGAAUCUGCAGGGUAUUCUCACACAACAAUGUGUUCUCCUUUGAAGAUGUGCUGGGCAUGGCAUCUGUGUUCAGCGAGCAGGCCUGUCCCAGCCUGAAGAUUGAGUAUGCCUUUCGCAUCUACGAUUUCAAUGAGAAUGGCUUCAUCGAUGAGGAGGACCUGCAGAGGAUUGUGCUGCGACUACUGAACAGUGACGAUGUGUCUGAGGACCUGCUGAUGGACCUCACACAGCAGGUCCUGAGUGAGUCGGAUCUGGACAAUGACAACAUGCUGUCCUUCUCAGAGUUUGAACAUGCAAUGGCCAAGUCUCCAGAUUUCAUGAAGCUUUCGGACCACAUUUGACCUGGAGUAAGUGGAGCUGGGGAAGUGAAACCUCGGUCAUUAGGGACGCCGAGGACAGCCUGAAAUGGGCAUGGGACAUUCAUGCCGCAGGUAAAGUAAGGGAGGCACCAAGAGGAGAUGGAAGUCAUCCAGGGUACGGAAUGAUGCAGCCUGGACUGGAAACCAUCAGCUGGCUGCAGUCUCUCUCCGCGUCUACUCCAUUCCCUUCCUGCUGAGGGCGGGAGGCAGAUGAAAGGCUGCCUGGAGGUCUGGGGUGGAUAACUGGGGUGAGCAGGGGUAUUAAAGUCACAGACACUUGGCUGGGUUGCUGAA